ACAAGUUUGGCAGCUUUCGCAUUGUUUAGCAGAACGGUACUUUUGGCCACUCUGGGACAACUUCGGCGUGUGUUGCUGAAAAUGGUCGAUCACUAUGUGGUUUCUGCACGCUUGGCCGCCACAAUUUUACCCCUAGUGAUUUUUCUGAACGCAGUUCAUAGUCUGGCUCACCCUGAAGUUACAAUCCAUCAAGGGACGUUGCGUGGUUCUACAGGUACCGAUCUCCGUGGCAACCCCUUUCUAAAAUUUCAAGGAAUUCCGUACGCCAAACCUCCAGUGGGCGAUCUGAGGUUCAAGGCACCCGUUCCUCCCGAAAAAUGGACCGGGGUUUUCGAUGCCACCAAAGAAGGGAGUAUUUGCCACCAACGAGACAUUUUCAAAAAGGGCGACUAUGGUGGAAGUGAAAACUGCUUGUUUUUGAACGUCUACACGAAAAAGCUUCCCGAAGACGAAAAAGAUUUGCGUCCCGUCAUGUUCUGGAUCCAUGGUGGAGUGUUCAUUUUGCAGCACGGCGGCGAAGAACUCCACGGUCCCGACUUCCUGAUUACCGAAGACGUGGUGGUGGUUACCAUCAAUUAUCGUCUGGGUCUUUUAGGGUUUAUCAGUUUUGACGAUCCUUCUUUAGAUAUACCAGGAAACGCGGGUUUGAAGGACCAAGUCAUUGCUUUAAAAUGGGUCCAGAAGAAUAUUGACAAGUUUGGUGGGGAUCCUAAUGAUGUUACGAUCUUCGGUCAGAGCGCUGGUGCGGUUUCAGUCCAUUUGUUGGUACUGUCGCCUCUAGCAAAGGGUCUUUUCCAUAAAGCUAUAGCCCAGAGUGGAAGUGCUAUAAAUCCAUGGGUUCAAGCUCGCAAAGGGGUGAAACGCGUGGCAGAAGUAAUGGGUCUUGAAGGGGCAGACGACAAGACCGUCUUUGACGCUCUAACGAACAAAUCAAAAGAAGAGAUUUUAGAAAUUCAAGAAAAAAUGGACGACGAUAUAAUACCCUAUAAACCCAGACAGGUGGGUUUAGUCAUUGAAACAAACUCGAAAGAAUCGUUUAUGUUUGAACAACCUAUUACUAUUAUGAUGUCUGGGAACUUCAGCCACGUACCCUUUUUGACUGGGUACACUUCUCUAGAGGGCGCUACUCUCGACCUGGUGGUCAAAUCUGAGGUCCUAGAUUUCGAGAAACUUAUUCCAUGGUCCCUUGGUUAUAAAAUAGGUUCUCCUGAAUCUAAAGCCGUUGCUGCAAAAUUGAAGAAAUUUUACUUUGGUGACGAAGAAUACUCCCGGAAUUUUUUAAAACAAAAAUACGACGCUUUGUCUGAUAUUUACUUCCUUUAUGGUAUUUAUGAUACAAUAAUGACUCAAUCCGCUGUUUCCAAAGCUCCCAUUUAUCUGUACUGGAUGACUCUCGAAACCAAGCUGAACUUGUUUAAAAUGCUUCUAGGCGUUAGGAUACCAGGUGUUUGUCAUUGUGAUGAUGUUUUUUACCUUUUCAAGAAUUUUGGCACUCCGAAAAUAGUACCUGGUAGUGUUGAAGACAUCGGUGUUACUAGGUUUGUCAGGUUGUGGACCAAUUUUGCCAAAUUUGGAAAUCCGACUCCUGAUAAGAAUGACGAUUUGCUGAAAGUGGUGUGGAAACCCAUCACGGAUCGUAAUAUGGGUUGUCUUGAAAUUGGGAAAGAAUUACAAGCCAGGUCAAAACCGGUGACAGAAAGUCUGCUGCUCUGGAAACAGGUGUUUGCUGAAAGUCCAGCUGGAAAGAAACAGAAUGAUGCUGUUUGAAGGGAUCCAAAUAAAUGUCUUUACAACACAUACAUGAUUGAAAAAUA